AUGAAAUUUUUCGUGAUUCUUCUCUUAUUUUUUCCGAUAUUUUCAACUCAACUUUUUCCGAUUCAUGAAAUCGCGAAAGGAUAUUUGAUCUCACUUUAUGAUCAUUACUUGGCUAGAAAUCCAACGAUUAUUCAUCCAUUUUAUAUGCAAAUUACUACAAGAGAUACGUUAGUUAUGAAGGGUUGGUUUCUAUUUUUUUAAAGCCAAUUAAGCUGCAAAUUUUCUACAAGAAAUCUCAAAUUAACUAUGGGACUUUAAAAGGUUUUAAGAUGAAUUCGCUUCGGAAAUUAUGAAUUUCUCUGAUUCUCAAUUGGAAGAAAUAAAAUGGAACAAAAAACAGAUGGAAGCUGAUUGGGAAAAGUAUUUUUUUGUGAGAAGACUUCAAUUUAUCAAAAAUGGAAUGUUGCAAAUCGAGGAAUUCUUUAAUAAUGGAUCAGUUUCUACUGUAUUUAUUGCAAAACCUUUUGAAAAUAUUACAGGAGGAUUUAGAAGUUAUAGACAAUAUCCUGGGUUUCUUCAAAAGAAUUCAGUCAGUUUCAAUGCUACUACCACGCAAUUCAAUGUUUCUCUGUUGUUUUAA